AUGGAAACACCCUUCUAUAGCGAUGAGGCGCUGAGCGGCCUGGGCGGCGGCGCCAGCGGCACCGGCGGCGGUGGCUUCGCGUCCCCGGGCCGCCUAUUUCCCGGGGCGCCCCCGACGACGGCGGCAGCGGCCGGCAGCAUGCUGAAGAAGGACGCGCUGACACUAAGCCUGAGCGAGCAGGUGGCGGCAGCGCUCAAGCCCGCGGCUGCGCCGCCCCCAGCCCCCCUACGCGCCGACGGCGCCCCGGGCGCGGCGCCCCCCGAAGGCCUAUUGGCCUCGCCGGACCUGGGGCUACUCAAGCUGGCCUCGCCCGAGCUCGAGCGCCUCAUUAUCCAGUCCAACGGGUUGGUUACCACCACGCCAACUAGCACGCAGUUCCUCUACCCCAAGGUGGCGGCCAGCGAGGAGCAGGAGUUCGCCGAAGGCUUCGUCAAGGCGUUGGAGGACCUGCACAAGCAGAACCAGCUGGGCGCCGGCGCCGCGGUGGCUGCUGCCGCCGCCGGGGGGCCCUCGGGGGCGGCCGCGGCCUCUGCACCCCCAGGCGAGCUAGCUCCAGCGGCGCCCGCGCCUGAGGCGCCCGUCUACGCGAACCUGAGCAGCUACGCGGGCGGUGCGGGUGCGGCUGGGGGCGCCGCCACGGUGGCCUUCGCCGCCGAGCCCGUGCCCUUCCCACCACCGCCUCCGGGCGCGUUGGGUCCGCCACCGCGCCUUGCCGCACUCAAGGACGAGCCGCAGACGGUGCCCGACGUGCCAAGUUUUGGCGAGAGCCCGCCGCUGUCGCCCAUCGACAUGGACACGCAGGAGCGCAUCAAGGCGGAACGCAAGCGGCUGCGCAACCGCAUUGCCGCCUCCAAGUGCCGUAAGCGCAAGCUGGAGCGCAUCUCGCGCCUCGAGGAGAAGGUGAAGACCCUCAAGAGCCAGAACACGGAGCUGGCGUCUACGGCCAACCUUUUGCGCGAGCAGGUGGCGCAGCUCAAGCAGAAGGUCCUCAGCCACGUCAACAGCGGCUGCCAGCUGCUGUCCCAGCACCAGGUGCCCGCGUACUGA